GUGCGUAGCCAGCUGCUUUCUUUUUAGGGUAGAUUGCCUGACUAUUUGCCCUGCCAUUCAAGUUUGGCAAGAUUGAUCGAUAACGAACAGAAAUAAUACAUUGGAGCGACUUUCAACAAUUCAAAAAAUAUGCAGACGAUCAAAUGUGUUGUCGUGGGAGAUGGUGCUGUGGGAAAGACCUGUCUUUUGAUCUCGUAUACAACGAACAAAUUCCCAUCCGAAUACGUACCAACAGUGUUCGACAACUAUGCAGUCACUGUGAUGAUCGGUGAUGAUCCAUACACCCUUGGUUUAUUCGAUACUGCCGGUCAAGAGGAUUACGACAGACUACGUCCUCUAUCUUAUCCACAAACGGAUGUAUUCUUGGUUUGCUUCAGUGUUACAUCGCCUGCUUCAUUCGAAAACGUCAAAGAAAAGUGGUUCCCAGAAGUUCAUCAUCAUUGUCCAGGUGUUCCAUGUUUGAUCGUCGGAACUCAAGUCGAUCUUCGGGACGAUCCUGCAGUAACUGAUAAAUUGGCAAGACAGAAACAAAGACCGGUCACCUUUGAUCAAGGUGAAAGGCUGGCAAGGGAGUUGGGUGCAGUAAAGUAUGUCGAAUGUUCUGCUCUGACACAAAGAGGGUUGAAGAAUGUAUUUGAUGAGGCUAUUGUUGCGGCUUUGGAACCACCGGUGGUACGGAAAAAGUCGAAAUGUGCUAUUCUCUAGGGCGAUGCAGGCAAUAUGUUGAUAGGAACGAUGCGUGCUGGGUGAUGUACCAAUUUUGAUCGUAUACAACGAGGAAUUGGAACACGUACAGAAAACAUCUCGCUUCCUCUCGACAAAUACAUCACCCGCACAGCACACCUCAACACAAUCUUGCAUA